UCCCAUAUUUUUUUUUCUGUCCUUGACUGUUGAUCUCAGCUCGCGCGUUCUGCGCGAUGUUGCAUGCAUGCAGGCCUGAUUCAAGAUGGCGGCGCCCAGGAUGAUCCUCCUAUUUGGGACAAUCCACAUGGUUUUUGUCCAUUUUUAUCCAUUUGUCGUCUGUCAGGAUAAUCCAGCGGAUUAUUUCAAACGUGAACAUUCUUUAAUGCGGCCAUACACAGGAUCUGGUGCAAGUCUUCCAAUGUGGGACAUGCAAGGCCACACAAUGAUCACCAAUAAUUACGUCCGACUCACUCCAGAUAGGCAGAGUCGUCAAGGAGCCAUCUGGAACAAAGUGCCAAACCGAAGCCCGAACUGGGAAAUCCAUAUAGAGUUCAAUGUGCAUGGACAAGGCAAAACACUAUUUGGAGAUGGCUUUGCAGUCUGGUACACCAAAGACAGAAUGCAAAUGGGCCCUGUUUUUGGCAGCAAAGACUAUCACACUGGACUUGGAAUUUACUUUGACACAUAUAGCAACCACAAUGGCCCGCAUAAUCACCCCCAUCCCUACAUAUCAGCACAGAUCAACAAUGGCACAAUGCACUAUGAUCAUGAUCGAGAUGGAACACAUACAGAGAUUGCUGGCUGCCACUCACCCUUCAGGAACAGAGAUCAUGAAACACAUGUUGCUAUUAGAUACUUGGGUGGGAGGCUUGCUAUAAUGACUGACAUUGAUGGGAAAGCUGAAUGGAAGACCUGUAUAGAUGUUGAUGGUAUCAAACUUCCCACUGGCUAUUACUUCGGGAUCUCAGCAACUACCGGCCAGUUAGCAGAUAACCAUGAUAUAAUUUCUGUGAAAACAUACGAGUUAGAGGGAGCAGACAAAUCAGUGGACUACGCAAGUCUAAAUCCAUCUGCAGAUUUCUUUUCUCCACCCAGAGAUCAUAUUGAUGAUCCUGGUGGUGCCUUCCGUGGUGGCUGGACCAUGAGUCUUAAGAACAUGUUCCUGCUCAUCUUCUGUUGUGUGCUGGGUUUCUUCGUCUGUCUGAUUGUUGGCGUUCUCAUCUUCCAAAAGAGGCAGGAGUACAAUCGCAAGAGGUUUUAUUGAUGACAACGUCUAUGUGCUUCAAAUAAAUUCCACAAUUCAGGCUAGUUUUCAGAUAGUUGUAAUGAACACAGAAUAUCACAGAUAAAUCCAACACGAGCCCAUUUGUCGAAGAAUUUCACAGACUUUCACACCUGAAAAAUAGAACAGAUACAUGUACAUGUGUAAUAUCCAUUGCUACAGGUAAGUAGCACUAAUGGGGCAACAUCCCUCAUUUUCUUUUAAAAUUCCAGUGAAAUUGAAGGGCCUGUAAAAGAUUUUUUUCCACUUAAAUUUGUGAUAGCGACUGUGUGUUAAAAUUGCUAAUCCCAUUCAACCUUGUGUAGAGCUCCCUUUCAACCUUUUGUACUGCUAUUCUAAAAAUGUUUGUGACUUUUUUGCAAUCUCCUACAAAAUUUCAAAAGCACAGCAGUGCUAUAUCACGUCGGGCCAAAGCUUAGUUGCAUAGCAAAUUCAUUUUUAUGGAAUUUUUGGGUUUUAUUUACGUUAUGUCAAUUCUCUGAAUUUUGUACAAGAACAUAGUAUAGUACCAUAGUAACAAGUACAUUUGGUACAAGAACAUAGUAUAUCCGGCAUCCAUUUUGGAGUGGCAUUCUACAGUUUCCCUAAAUUAAAUUAUUCCGAGGAUUGUAUGAAGUACAUUAAAAGUGCAAUUACAUGUAGUCGUUUGGAACGACAUUACAUUUUCACUUGAGACAUUGUUCUGACAUUGUUCUUCGAUCCGACCAAAGUCUUCAGUCAAGUCUCAUCAAUACUCAUUUGUUUGGCGUGACCCUGGAACACCAGUCUAAAAAGCCAGGUGACGUCAUUUUCUGUGCUGAAAUUAUGUAUCUGUACAGUGACAUCACAUCAACAAUUCAGCCAGUUGAAGAUAGCGACGUGGAUGGGAUUAGGGCAUCCGAUGAAAGCAUCUAUUGCUCAUUGGCACACCAGUUUUCAAUGGUUACUAUGUGAUACCAUUCCGCACUCCAGACUCAAGAACCAUCAACUUUAAAGAACAUAGGUCUGGGAGCUAGAUAAGCCAAUGUAAAGAGAUUCUGAGAUGUCCACACCCACCUAUAGGGUUAAGAUUGGAAACUGUUAACCCACUGUUAAUGGGUUUUGCAUUAAAUGUAUCUUAACCCAUUUACACCGGCUAACGGUUCUAGACGCAGCUCGAUAAAAGCCGAUAAGCCGGGGACUGCUAUUGCAGCAUUCCUGCUGCAUAGCACAUCCAUUCAUAGACAACGGCUGAAUGCCUGCAUGUACACAUUCCACCCAAUGUGCAGCUGUCCGUGGCCGAACAAUACCAGUGUCAACUUGGUUAAUGUGAAAUGUAUUUCAAUGGCCCUGUAUACACUGCUAGUAUGCAUGUAGAAUAGAAUUACAAAGCGAGUAAGACUUACUUGUCAAGUUUGCCCAUGCAUCUGGGUUGCAGCAUCUCCAUGUAUAAUUGUGACUAAUGAUGUUUGUUUUCCCAGUGGUAUGUAUUCUGCUAAGCAAAGUAUCAAAUGUGUCUUCCAAAUUGUUUUUCAUCGUAGACUGUACAGUAUGAUUUCAACACUUAACACUUAACACGUACAUGUACAUGCUUGCCCAUAGUGACCCCCUGUGGAGUUUUGUAGACACAGGGGUGCAUUCCACACGGAUGUUAACAUUAAUGUUAGCAUGGCCCGUCACAAAUAUGCCAACACAAAGCUGGACAUACGUUGAAAAUUUUUUUUAAAUAGUAAGUUUUAAAUUCUGAAAAAAAAAGAAAGAAAUUGUUAUUUGAGGUGAAAGUUUGCCAGCUACAUGUACAUGUAUAUGAAAUAGCUGGGGAACUUGGGUGAAGAUUAUGGAAAAUUUCUGCUCCAACAAAUGUCAGUCAUUUUGGAAAAGAUUAGAGCAUGACUCGCUGUCAACUUGAAAAGUGUGUGAAAUUCGGGCAUAACUUUUAUUUCUUAAAAAUGCUCAGUUGAAUAAUCAGUGUGUUCUUGGCUUCAAUAUUGGAAAGAACCUCUAUUUGUGUAAUAAUUUGUGCAUCUUCUAUUUGUGUUCUUUGUGACUAUAUGAAACUAAGCCUCGCAGCUCCUUAAUGCCAGUGCAUCUUCCAUAAUCCAAUAAUAACAUGAUCAAAUUGAUAUUUCAUCAUUAAACUUGCCAAAAACUAAUUAUGUAUAAGACUUUGGAAUUAGAGGGAUAUUGAAUGUCCUUCAAUUUCAUAAAAACUCAAUCAACUCAUUACUCACGUCCAUGGCACUCAUCCUCAUUAGAGUCAUCCUUUAGCCUUAAAGAGAAAGAUAUCUGAAGAACAGAAUGUUUUGCUGUACACUCAAUGACUGUAAAAUUAUACAGAUUUAUAAGUCGAUUGGCCAAAAAGUAAGCAAGUUAUUUGUUACAGUGGGAACAUAACUGCAUGCUGACAAAUGCAGUUUUCACAAGCAUGUUGAGCACAGAUAAUAAUAAUACCGGAGUCUUAUGUAGCGCACAUAUCUUCCAACAAUUAGGUACUCAAGGUGCUGGUAAUUAUGUCUAUUUUUAAAGACAGGUAAAUGAAAUUUAUGAGAAAUAGACCCUUUAUGUAGCACCUUUAUAAAGAUAAAAACACAUACAGUAUAUAUAUUCACGGCCAGAAAUGGUUUGACUACACUAAUGAACCUAGAUUUGUCAUGCAGUACCUACA